UAUUCAAGUCAAAAAUAAAAAAAAAAGUGUUCGGUCGUUUGAGCAUAAAAGCUUAAGCUACUUCUUUAGAGUUGAAAAUUUUGCAUUUCUAAAAGUGAAGUACUAACUACUGCAAGAUGAAGGUUCAUGAGACGAGAUCUCAAGCUCAUGAUGAGGGUAAAGUAAUGACGAGGAAGCAGAAGGCAGAGACAAAAGCACAUGAAGGAGAACAAUCUCCGAAGAAACACAAGAAUGAAAAUGAUGGUAAUAAUGGAAAAGCUAAAGCUGAUAUUUCUCAGGAAUUUGAGGAAUUUUGUAAAACGAUUCAAGAAAAGCUCUCUGUUGAUCAAAUGAGAGAAAUAUUAGAAAUGAAUGAUCAAGAUUCAUCUGGCUCUGAUGCUGCUGUUAUCACUAAAUGUCAAGAUUUGCUGUUUCUUGGACCACUAGAGAAAUGUCCAUUAUGUGACUGCAAUUUGGAAUUUGAUGGCAAAAGAUAUUCUUGUAAAGGGUUUUAUAGUGAGUGGUCUAGUUGCACUAUGAAGACCAGAAAUCCUCCAAGAAAAGAGGAGCCAAUUAAGUUACCUGAUUCUGUUCUCAACGACUCCCCUAUUGCAGAUUUGCUGAAGAAGCGUCAAGACCCAAAAAACCGGCCGCCUCAAGAGUUAGUUGCGCCCGGAAAGCCUUUCGCGGGCAUGAUGAUUUCUUUAUCAGGCCGUCUUUCGCGAACACAUCAAUCCUGGAAAAAGACUCUUGAAAAAUACGGAGGCAAGGUCGCCAAUUCAGUUAUUGGUGUGACUUGCCUUGUCGUCUCGCCCACUGAGCGGGAACGAGGUGGUUCUUCCAAGCUAGUAGAAGCAAUGGAAAGGAGCAUACCUGUAGUCAGAGAAGCAUGGCUGCUUGACAGCAUUGAGAAGCAGGAACCUCAACCCUUGGAAGCGUAUGAUGUUGUCUCUGAUAUUUCCGUGGAAGGUAAAGGAAUUCCAUGGGAUAAACAAGAACCUAGUGAAGAGGCUCUCGAGUCGCUCACAGCAGAGCUUAAACUAUAUGGCAAGAGGGGAGUGCAUAAGGAUAGUAAAUUGGAGGAACGAGGUGGAGAAAUAUUCGAAAGAGAUGGGAUAUUGUACAAUUGCGCCUUUUCUCUUUGCGACAUGGGACGGGAAAUAAACGAGUAUUGUAUCUUGCAACUAAUUACUGUUCCUGAGAGCAACUUGCAUUUGUACUACAAGAAAGGGAAAGUUGGCGAUGAUCCAGGUGCUGACGAGAGGGUUGAAGAAUGGGAAAAUGUUGAUAAUGCUGUUAAAGAGUUUGCCAGGAUCUUCGAAGAAAUUACUGGAAAUGAGUUUGAACCAUGGGAGAGGGAGAAAAAGUUUGAAAAGAAAAGAUUAAGUUUCUUCCCAAUUGACAUGGAUGACGGAAUUGAGGUGCGAAGAGGAGGGCUUGCUUUAAGGCAGCUAGGAGCUGCAGCUGUGCAUUCUAAACUCGAACCUAAGGUUGCAUAUAUUAUGAAGAUCUUAUGCAGCCAGGAGAUUUAUAGGUAUGCGAUGAUGGAAAUGGGUUUAGACCCGCCUGAUCUACCGAUGGGAAUGCUCUCCGAUAUCCACUUAAAAAGAUGUGAGGAAGUCCUACUUCAGUUUAUAGAAGCAGUGAAAUCAAUGAAAGGGAGAGGACAAAAGGUGGAGGCUAUUUGGUCAGAUUACAGUCAAAGAUGGUUCGCUCUUAUGCACUCCACUAGGCCUCUGAUUCUCCGGGACUACGAUGAGCUUGCGGAUCAUGUUGCAGCAGCAUUCGAGACUGUCCGGGACAUAAAUGUGGCGUCACGUCUCAUCGGAGACAUGUCAGGCUCAACCCUCGAUGACCCGUUAUCUGAUCGAUAUAGCAAACUCGGGUGUUCAAUUUCUCCGGUGGAGAAAGAGACUGAUGACUACAAAAUGAUAGUCAAUUAUCUGGAGAAAACAUAUGAACCAAUAAAAGUUGGAGAUACUGAUUAUGGUGUAUCGGUAGAGAAUAUAUUUGCUGUGGAAUCAAGUGCUCAUCCUACUUUGGAUGAAAUAAAGAAGUUGCCGAACAAAGUCCUGUUGUGGUGUGGCACAAGGAGCUCGAACUUGUUGAGGCAUCUGCAAAAAGGAUUCUUGCCAGCUGUUUGUUCUCUUCCGGUGCCCGGUUAUAUGUUCGGCAAGGCCAUUGUUUGUUCGGAUGCUGCCGCAGAAGCAGCUAGAUAUGGCUUUACUGCUAUAGAUAGGCCAGAAGGAUUCUUGGUUCUGGCAGUCGCUUCUCUCGGAGAUGAAGUCACCGAGGUUUCAUCCCCACCAGAGGACACAAGACCUUUUGAAGAAAAAAAGAUGGGAGUGAAGGGAUUGGGGAGGAAGAAAACAGAUGAAUCAGAACACUUCAUGUGGAAAGAUGAUAUUAAGGUUCCUUGUGGUCGCUUGAUUCCAUCCGAGAACAAAGAUGGUAUCCUGGAAUACAACGAGUACGCAGUCUAUGAUCCAAAACAGACAACCAUAAAGUUCUUGGUGGGGGUAAAGUAUGAGGAGAAGGAUGUAGUGAUGGACACUGCAGAGCCUUGAGUUGGGAAAAUUUGCUGUUUCAGUACUACUUUUGUAUGAAUAUUAUCCUUUUUUGUUUCUUAACUUGUGUCCCAAGGAAGGGCUGUAGCUGCUAGGCUUAACUGAAGCUCUGUUAAGAAGGGUCUUUAUGUCAUAGCUGCUGUAUGAUGCAGCUGUAAAUAUGUAAUAACAUUUUGUAUGUAGCUUUGUCUUCUGCUCAAUAUUUUUGUUGUAAUGUUUCUGCUUAUGAAUCUCAAAGAUGCAUGUACAUGUACAAACAAUGAAUUUCGGAUUUUAAGCUUAAUCCUGAUGGGAGAUUAUGAAUAAAAUGAUGGCAGAGAUGAAUUUCAUAA